GGGGCCCGGGAGCAGGGCAGGGGGAGGUCUUGGGCCUACGCCAGCACUGUGAGGCCUACCCCAGUGCUCUGAGGCCUAUCCCGGCACCCCGAGGCCUAUCCUGAGGCCUAUUCCCGCACCUUAAGGCCUAUCCUGAGGCCUAUCCCUGCACUCAUAGGCCUACCCUGAGGCCUAUCCCGAGGCCUAUCCCUGCACCCUGAGGCCUAUCCCGAGGCCUAUCCCUGCACCCUGAGGCCUAUCCCGAGGCCUAUCCCUGCACCCUGAGGCCUAUCCCGAGGCCUAUCCCUGCACUCCCAGGCCUAUCCCAAGGCCUAUUCCAGCGCUGCAUGCCCUUAUCCCUAUCAGACACUACCACCUUAGGAGCACAAACCCUCACAGCACAACGGGAGGAGGACAGCCUGCUGGGCCAGCGCUGCUUUUAUUUGGAAAGGAUUGAAGCAGCCCAGAGCUCAGCUCUGUUCCCUGAUGAACUUUAACAGCCGCUUGGUGCAGCACGGGGCUGCUCCAACCCUUUGGGCACUGCGGUUUCGGUGUGUCCUCUAUGGGGUGGUUGGGGCAGGGGGAAAUCUUCUGUGGUAAAGGGGGUGGGGGGGUGGGGAAAGGGACGUGGAGCUGCACUUGGGGCUCUUAUCACUGGGGGAAGGUGGGAAAUGGGCCGCAUCCGUCCUAGCUCUGAGCUGCAGCCGCCUCUGGCAUGGGUGAGCUGUGGGCCUGGAGAGAAGCGACAUGCGUUUGCAUGAUGAUGUGUUUUUGUAAAAAUGUGUUUUUUAAAUUAGAUCAUCGAGAAAGAAUGUCUGUCUCGGGCCUGCUCUCUUGCUCCAUGGAUGCUCCUGACCUUGGGGCUGAAGAACUCAGGGCUGCAGCUCUGGAGGGGACAGGCAGUGAAGCAAGAGCCCACAGUUCUGGGGGAGCACAGGGCUGAGCCCUGGGGCUUUGAGCAAGGGACAGCGGGGCUGGAGGGAGCACUGGGACCCUGUGCUCCGAGGGGGGUGGUUCCGGGACCCCUCCUGGCACAGGGACCUGUGGCCCAGUUGCUCCAGCCCCAGCGCUGCCUUGAGCUGAGGGGAGCCUCUGCGCUUCCCAGUGUCUCAGUGAGGGGGAAGGGAAGGUGGCUGGAAUCGCGUGGAAAAAGUGACGUUGUGUGCCUGCAGCUCCCUCUGCUUCUCCGGGUGCCAGAGCUGGGGGAGGCGCAGAGCUGCCCGCAGCCCUCCCACUGAAAAAGGGGAGUGGUGGGGGUGGGCAGUGGCCCCCACCUCCAGCAUGGGGCUGCUCUGCUUGGAGCCAGGAAGGGAUGGGGGCUCACAGCUGUGUCUGAUGUGGGGCAGGAACAGCCAUGUCCCACCUCCCUGGCUGUCCCGCUGCGUCUUGCAGAGCUCUUGUGGCAUGGGAGAGGCUGGGCAGACGGUGCCUGGGCACACUGGGGCUCUGUGCUGUACCCAGGGCUGGCAGAUGAGGCCCAGGAGCAGCAGGGUCCCCCUUUGCACAGCUGGGUCCCUCCUGGCUGGGCACAGCAGACACUGCAUGUGCCCCAGGCUCGCUGUUGGUGCUCUUACAGUGUGGGUUGCUCCAGUCUAGACAAGCCCUGACCAAAACCGCCUCCUGCAUGGAGGGAACUCCCUCUCUGCAUGCUGCUCUUCUUUCCAUCGGAGAACUUUCCUCCCUGGUCCCUCAGCCACAUCCCUUCUCCUGUCCCUGCCCUCUGCGCUGCUCCUUCCUUAUCUGAUGUUACAAAACAAUGUAGUGGAGCUGCUAAGGGCCAGAGGGCAGGGCAUCUUGGCUGCAGUUUGCAAGCAAAGGCAUUGGGGAAAUGCAGCGCAGUCCAGCAUGGGCACUUGGCUCUGGGUCUGUGAUCAGCUUCAGGGUGGGAGCGCAGAGGGCAGCAGUAGCCAAGGGCCGUGGUGCUCAGUCUCAGCUCCUGGCAUUGCCUCGACAGCUCUGCACAGCCAGGAACGUGCCUGCUCCCUUCCCUUGAGAUCUGAUUUCGCCCCUUGGAUGCAUCUCUGGAAAAACCAGCUGGGCCACAAUGCAGCAGUGUGCGGCUCAGCGUGGAGGGCAGGGCUGGGCUGGAGCACGGGGAGCUCACUGCGUCCCUGCCUGCGGCUCUGGCUCAGCACACAGCCGAAGCCCCUGGUACCCUGCCGUGGGAGAGAGCUCCACAGCCACAUCUGGGUGUGGUGAGGGGCUGGGGCUGUCGGCAGCCUCCCCACAGUCUAAGGAAGGAGUGGGGAUGCCAAUGGGGCACUGUCCAUGCACUGCGCUUCGGAACCAGAGACACCAGCCAGGUGCUGGGGAAGAUGGAGCAGUGGAUGGGCGCUGUCUCCGCAGAUUGACACAUCCUCCUGGCGGCCCGGCUCCCUCCGCCAAUAGGAAGCCAACCCCGCGAGCCCCACGUGGGGCCGGGCCGCCGGCGCGCGUUCCUAUUGGCCAACCGCCUCCGAGAGCGCCCGCACGGGCCAGGCCCCACGUGGAGCCGCGCUCCUUCAUUGAUCGCUCUCCGCAAAGCGGCGGCCGCGGGGGGGGGGGGGGGGUGGGGGGGGCGGCGGUGCCCGGCGGGGGCUUCGGCGCCGUUCGGCUCCGCUCGGCUCCGCUCGGCUCUGUUCGGCUCCGCUCGGCUCGGGGCGCGGGGCUCGGCCCGGGGUUCGGGGCUCGGCGCGGCUCGGCUCAGCCCGGUUCGGCUCCGCUCAGCCCCGCGCGGCUCCGCUCGGCUCAGUUCGGCUCCGCUCGGCUCAGUUCGGCUCUAUUCGGCCCAGCUCGGCUCGGGACCCCCCCCCCCCCCUCCCCCAAAAGGACCGGGCCCAGCAGCGCGGGGCUGAGCCGGAGCUGGAGCGCAUCCCCGGGUCCCGAUCCGCGGUGAGGAGAGGAGCGGGGGGGGGGGCCCGGGUCCGCCCGGUGCCGGCGAUGUUCCCCCAAAAUCGGCCGCCGGGCCACCUCCCGGCCCCCUCGGCCCCCUCAGGCCCCACCACCCCACAGUCCCUCAAGCUGACGUACCCCGAGACCUUGGACCGCAUCAAGGAGGAGUUCCAGUUCCUGCAGAACCAAUAUCACAGCCUGAAGUUGGAAUGUGAGAAGCUGGCGACGGAGAAAACCGAAAUCCAGCGGCACUACGUGAUGUACUAUGAGAUGUCCUACGGGCUGAACAUUGAGAUGCACAAACAGACGGAGAUCGCCAAGCGGCUGAACGUGAUCUGCGCGCAGCUCAUCCCGUUCCUAUCGCAGGAGCACCAGCAGCAGGUGGUCCAGGCGGUGGAGCGUGCCAAGCAGGUGACUAUGAGCGACCUGAACGCGGCCAUCGGGCACCAGCUCCAAACGCAGCACCUCUCGCACCACGCGCCCCCCAUCCCGCUGACCCCCCACCCCUCUGGGAUGCAGCCCCCCACCCUGGCCGGGCUGGGCAGUGCUUCAGGGCUGCUGGCUCUCUCGGGGGUGCUGGGGGGAGCCCAGCUCCUCACCAAGGAUGACCGCGGGGUCCACGACGCCGAGCACAGGGAACGAGACCCGGGUCCCAGCUCUCUGGUGCUGCCCAACGGGGACCGGGCACGAGCCAUCUCUGAGUACCUGAGCAGCAGCAAAAAGAGGAAGGUGGAGGAGAAGGACUUUGUGACAGACUAUGGCAGCGAUGCGGACAAAAGCGAAGACAACCUGGUGGUGGAUGAGGACCCCUCAUCCCCACACAGUGUCCAUUCCUACUCCUCCCGUGAGAACGGGCUGGAGAAGCUGCCGCUGGGACGGAAGGAGCCCGCGCCGCUCAGCCCCACCUCCAUGGCCUCCUCCAGCAGCGCGUCCCCAUCGCGCAGCAAGGAUGCACCCACGGUGGAGAAGGCGGGGACACCCAGCCUCAAGUCCAGCACCCCCACAUCUCAGGGCGAUGCCGCGGUGCCGGGAUCCAGCGGCGCCCCACAGUUCCGCCCCACUGCUGCCAAAGGCCCCGUGGACUCCCUGGCCCUGGGCCUGAGGACCCCGCUGGGCGUGCAGAGCCCCUACUCCUUCAGCAUGGCUCACCCCGCUGUCAAUGGGGACGUGGCUGGGGCGGGCGCCUACGCCAGCCUGCACCUCGUGUCCCCGCAGCUCAACGGCACCGCGGCCACCGGCAGCUACGGGCGGUCCCCGCUGGUGGGCUACGACCCUCACCCACACAUGCGCGUGGCGGGGCUGGCGGCUGGCAUGCAAGUGGGGACGUCGGGGAAACCCGCCUACUCCUUCCACGUCAGCGCCGACGGGCAGAUGCAGCCGGUGCCGUUCCCCCCCGACGCCCUCCUGGGCUCCGGCAUCCCCCGGCACGCGCGGCAGCUGCACAGCCUGGCCCACGGCGAGGUGGUCUGCGCCGUCACCAUCAGCAACUCCACGCGCCACGUCUACACCGGGGGCAAAGGCUGCGUGAAGGUGUGGGACGUGGGGCAGCCGGGCACCAAGACGGCCGUGGCCCAGCUGGACUGCUUGAACCGCGACAACUACAUCCGCUCCUGCAAGCUGCUCCCCGACGGCCGCAGCCUGAUCGUGGGGGGGGAGGCCAGCACCCUGUCCAUCUGGGACCUGGCGGCCCCCACGCCCCGCAUCAAGGCCGAGCUCACCUCCUCCGCCCCCGCCUGCUACGCCCUGGCCAUCAGCCCCGACGCCAAAGUCUGCUUCUCCUGCUGCAGCGACGGCAACAUCGUGGUGUGGGACCUGCAGAACCAGAGCCUGGUCCGGCAGUUCCAAGGCCACACGGACGGCGCCAGCUGCAUCGACAUCUCCAACGAUGGCACCAAGCUGUGGACGGGGGGGUUGGACAACACGGUGCGCUGCUGGGACCUGCGGGAGGGGCGGCAGCUGCAGCAGCACGACUUCAGCUCCCAGAUCUUCUCCCUGGGGCACUGCCCGACGGGUGAGUGGCUGGCGGUGGGCAUGGAGAGCAGCAACGUGGAGAUCCUGCACGUCACCAAGCCCGACAAGUACCAGCUGCACCUCCACGAGAGCUGCGUCCUCUCCCUCAAGUUCGCCGCCUGCGGGAAGUGGUUUGUGAGCACGGGGAAGGACAACCUGCUCAACGCCUGGCGCACGCCCUACGGAGCCAGCAUCUUCCAGUCCAAGGAGACCUCCUCCGUCCUCAGCUGCGACGUCUCCACCGACGAUCAGUUCAUCGUCACCGGCUCCGGGGAUAAGAAAGCGACCGUCUACGAAGUCAUUUACUGAGGGUCACGGAGGUGACGGCUGCCAUUGGGGUCGGUUCCCUGAGAGCAGACGGACUCACGGCCACGGGGACGGACAGACGGGCUGCUUGGCAGAGGGGCAGCACAGCGCAGGCCUGGAGCGGUUGGCGAUGGGGACCCUGCAGUGCUGGGAGGCAGCAGCUGCUGGCAGGGCCCUUCCCAGGGAUUUCCUCCUCGUUUGGUUCCUUAUUGGUUGGUUUGUUUCGAAACGGGGGUUGGGGGAGCGAAGGGCUCUUUUCUUUUGUAAUGUCAUUUUUUUGGUGGGGUUUCUGUUUGUUUGUUUGUUUGGGUUGAAGCACUGGGCUGGGCAGGAGGAGAGCUCUCCUCAUCUCCCCCUGCGCCUCCCAGGGCGUAUUUAAUAAUAAAAGCAGAAGAGCAGC